AGAACGGAUACUGAUGGUGGUUGGAGGUUUAGUGUCGCAGUCCGCAGAGUGGAGUUUGUUGGUGCUGAAGCAGAAGCCUUGAUGUGCUAGCCAUAGUGAUCCAAGUGAAGGAAGCUUAUGGACUGUCAAAAUGAGCUCUGCUGUGCCCGCAAGACCAAAACGAGAGCCAGGAAGGAGAGCUGGUGGAUUAGCACGCAUAUUUAUGAGAUCCAUGAAGGAGCUCAAGGAGAACAAAUCGACAAGAGUUCCAAAAAAAGGCUUUGAACUUAUUAACAAGACAAUCAGUGGUUCUGUAGAAGCUACCAACAAGACGAGUAGUGUUUCCAAAGCUCUCCCACACACUGGCCACAAGGAUCUGAUUGUACAUGAUAGUAAAACAGAGUCUAAAGCUGAUGAAAAUCUGACACCAUCUUCAACCAAUGUAUUAACAUCUAAUGCAGCAAAUAAUGACAAAAGGAAACAGCAAACAGAUUCCGGAAUAUCAGACCGUGACAACCUACCCUCAUCAACUCAUGUGGACAUUUACUCUAAAGGUGAACACAACACUAAGACCACAGCAGGCACUGGGAAGCCAAAACACAAUGUCCUUGUGGAAAAUGCCAAUAACAACGCAUUCAGCAAAACUUCUAAACAGGAGACGACACCAGUAGCCAAGUCUGAAAAGUCUUUAUUACCUAAAGAAUUGCCCGUCAGUCAAGUUAUGGACAAGAAAGUUGAUUCUGUGGAAGAUAAAUACAAAAGAGAAACUAUCUCAUCAAGCAUCAACCGAAGUCGCCUAGAUGGGAACUCUGAUCCACGAAAACGUGGGCCUAGACGAUACAGCCAAAGAAGAUACUCAAACAGCUCUAGAGAGAGGAUUGUGGAAAAUUUAGGGCCUGAAGAUUGGAACUCCGACCUUCUGGAGGUUGAGAGCAGGGAAGGAAGUUUUCAUCAUUCAAAUACAACUGAGCAAAGUUCUGUAUUUCCUAUAAUGCAUAAUGAAGAUGAAAGUAAAAUCAAUGUUGGAAAGAUUGAUAAAUAUGUUACCAAUAGAGAGAAAAACAUCAACAGUGGAAAAAAUGGAAAUGAAAUUGACAAGCAAGAAUCAAAGAAAAGCAGUAAUGAUGAGGGAGAUGAGGGAACAGAAAAUGAUAUGGAUAUGGGAUGUUUGAACAAUUUAGAUCAACAAACGAUUAAGAAGGAAAAUGGAAUUAAUUCAGAUCAACAAAGGAUUAAAGAGGAAAAUGGAAUGAAUUCAGAUAGGAAACAAACUGUAGAUAUACCACCUGACAACAUUAAAACUUUCACAGAAAGCUUGGACAAUGGUGUGUCUAUUGAGAAAACUAGGGAUAAUGAAAUGAUCUGUGGCCAAUGUUUGGAAAUAGGACACACCAUUCAAAACACCUCGGAUGUGUCAACAAAAGAUUUGGAUUCUAAACAUCUGAAUGAUAAUGCUUCAGCAAGUGUGUAUGAUAACAGUGGGAUGAACAGUGAGCAGUCUUUUGUCACAAUUUCACGCACAGAACUGGUUCCUGAAAUAACAGGUGAUCUUAAACAGUGUUCAGAAAAAGAAGAAGAUAUAUACCAGGAAGGGCAUGUUAACAACAAGAAAAACAUGGAGGGAUGGAACAAUAAGAUACAUGAAAAACAAACAUUGGAAAAGCUGCAAACUGCAGACUCCUUACCUAUUUCAUCGGAGAAAAGUACUGUGCUCCAAUUAGAGAAUAAAGUUUUAAGGAAGGAGGAAUUCAGCCAUGUCUUGAAGAAACCACAGUUUGCAGUGGAAAAUGAAGACAAGUCUGAACCUUUAAAACAUAAUGGGUAUGAACCAGAAAUACAGGACUUAAGUAAGGAUGAAUUCGACCCUGAUAAUAAAGAAACUGUGGCCUUUUGUGAUUUACGGAACAUAGAAAACAGUGAUGGUAAAGGGCAAGAAGUUGUAGGAACAGAGACACCUCCUCUUCGUGUUCCUGUCUGUGAUAUUCCAGCUUAUUAUAACAGACAAAGAAAUUCGGGCACAUUUUCUGACUCAAGCAAUUUAUCACAUUCAUCUUCGAAGAAAAUUCUGAACAUACCAGAUCCAGUCCCAACUCAUGGAGCAUGGCUAGACUAUUCCUCAGCUAGUUCAGACAGUUCUUAUACAGAAAGGACCUCAAAGCCAAGGCUAAAGAAAACAAAGAGGAAGUCCAAAUAUACCAAGAGCAUUGCCAGAGGCCAUACCUUAACAGUUUCUCCCAUGCAAAUGUCUCCAGCUGGGUCACCCUCCUCUCAUAAGGACAUAAGGGGGAGACAUUCUGGUAUUGAUACACAAUCUACAUACAAUAGCAUGAUUCAAUCAAAGAUUGAAGCAAUGUCAAAGGAAAUGAAAGCAAAGGUAUUGACCCCACCUGACAGCAGUGUAAAGACUUUGGUGGCCAAGCCAAUUAUGUACAGGGACAGCCUCAGGGCCAUGAGGCAGGUCAGGGUGAAGGCUCAGAAGAAAAAUAAUUCAGCUUCACAAGGUUCUUCUGAGCAGAAGAAGCAAGAAAUUUCAAAAUCCAAGCCAGUCAUUGUACAGGUCAGUACAGAUCCUGAACAUGGGGAAAGUUCAGAAUACAUAGGAUGUAAAUAUACAGAUCACUCAAGGAAAAGUAAUUCUGAAUCAACAGAAGAAGAAAACUCAAUUUCAAGAAAACAUAUUACGCCUGAACCUAACUUUCUACCAACAGUCAGUUCUGAACAAAGAAAGGAGGAUGCUUUUGUUCAUGUAAUUAAGACACAAGUCAGUUCUGACCAACAGCAUCCGUACAGUUCUGAACAUUCCCAUCACUCUUCAGAAGAAGAAACAGGACAGACUAAAUCAGGUUUAAUAGGUGAAGUGCACAUGUCUGAGUAUCAUAACCAUACACAAUCCAGAAUAGAUGGAGGUUUGAGAUCUGGAAUCCAAAAUGACACGGAUCUGACAAAGAGUUCAAAGGAUAAAUUGAAAGUCAUUGGAAAUGUUCUCCAAAACCAUAAGUCUGUAAUCCGACAACAUGGAAGUCCUACACGGAAGGGUCAGGGAAAUUCGAAUUUCAAGGACCAGCAUAGAGUUGAAUUUAGACAUCAAGAAAUUUCAGAAUCAAAGGAACACCUUAGUCAGGAACUUAAACAAGGUGAUAAGUUACAAUCAAAGGAUCAUUUUAAUAAGGAUUCAAGACAUCUGGAAACUUCAGAAUGUAGGGAUCAGCAUAAUGUGAAUCCAAAGAAUGUCAGCGCUAUCAAAUUUAAAGACCAAUGCACUGAAGAUUCUAGAGAUCAGGGAGUUUCAGAAUGUAAGGCUCACUGCAAAAUAGAACAUCAAAAUACUUCUGAAUCCUUGGAACAGCAAAAUAGGGAGAUUAAGCAAAGUAUUACUUCAGAAUCCGAGGCUGAGAGCAAUACAUUACAAUCUAGUUGUCCGGAUCAUUCAGAAUCUGAGGCUGAGAGUAAAAUAUUACAAUCUAGGUGUCCGAAUCAUUCAGAAUCUGAGGAUCACCAUAGUGUAGAACUUGAGAAUCAAUACUGUUCCAGUUCUCAACAACCGAGUGAAAAGAAUGAUAAUCUUAAGUUUGUAGGAAGUGUUAAUGUAAAGCCUGUCAAGCAAGAGCAGCUGUCUGAAUAUCAAAACGUUUCUGAGAACAAAAAGAAAGAAAACUGGUCCAGCAGUUCAAAGCCUAAAGGACCAAACAGUUCUGGAGUUAGCAGCAGUUCAGGACAUACAAAAACACUCAACUCAAUCAGAGAUUACAACAGGUCAGGGUGUAUAAGGCAGGGAAACUUGUCCCGAGGAAGCAACAGCUCAGAAACUUCAAGGACAAAAAACUCUUUUAGAGUUCACAAUAGGUCAGAACAUAAAAGACAGGACAAGUCAUAUGGGGGUCAUAACAGUUGUCCCAAAAAGCAAGACAAUUCAUCCAGUACUCAAAAUCGGUCGGAUCAUACAAGACUGGGCAUCUCGGACCAGCUUCACAACAGUUCAAAAUCUGGAGGACAAGACAACUCAUUCCAAAGUCAUAAUAGGACAGAAUUUAUUAAGCAAAGCUCAUCCCAAGGUCUCAAUAAGUCUGAGCCUACAACAAAAGCUGAUUCGUCUCAAAGUCACAAUGGCUCAGCACAUAAUAUAAAGAAGAACUACUUGUCCCAAAUUCACAAUAGCACAGAGCCUGUUUCACAUGACAACUUGUCCCAAGGCCACAACAGGACAGAGCCUGCUCCACACGACAGUUUGUCCGAAGGUCACAACAGGACAGAGCUGGCUAGAAAUGGCAACUUGUCCCAAGGUCAAAAUAGGACAGAGCCUGUUACACACGACAACUUGUCCCAAGGUCACAACAGGACAGAGCCUGCUCCACAUGACAGCUCGUCCCAAGGUCACAAUAGGUCAGAGACUGUUACACAUGACAACUCGUCCCAAGGUUUCUUUAGCUCAGAAUCUGUAAGACAAGGCAAUACCUCCCAAGGUCACAGGAGUUCAGAAUCUGUGAGACAGACAAACUUUUUCCAAGGUCACAGAAGUUCAGAAUCAAAGAGGCAAGGCAACUCAUUACAUGGUCAUAACAGGAUGGAAACUUUAACAACAAAGGGUGGCAAGAAAGAACAUAGUAGGAAGGACAAUGUGCAAAGUCACAGCACUUCAGAAAAUAUAAAGUAUAAAGUUACCGAAUCCAGAGUUAAACAUAGUCCACAUCUGGGAAAGCAAAAUUGUUUUCAUUCUACAACUAAUCAACAUAAUAGGUCAGGAUCAAUAUUUAGUAAUGAAGGGUUAAAUGGGGCUGAUAGUCAAGGACUAGUAGACACCAACUACAGUCAUACUGAAUCAGGUACCGGUGCUUGUAAUUCACUGAAGAGACAGAGCAGAGCAGAAAGCCAAAACAACUUGGUUUCAGAACAUGAUUUGGGGAAGCAGCUAGGUUCAAACACCGGACAAAGUAUUUUAGAAUUCAAGGAAGAGAAAGUACAGAAGAAAAAUGAAGAAAAACUUAAACUUGGAGUGAAAGCAAAUAUUGCUGAACAACUUGAGACUUCAAAUGAGAACUGGGAUAUGGACCUGUUAGCUGUGGCGCCACCUCCUGAUUGUAAUGUUAAUAUCUCUGACAGAGGGAAAUGGGAGAUUGAAACAAUACCACACUGUGUUGGACAGGGUAUUGAAACCAAAAUACAAAAUGAGCAUGAUGCUUACCCAACACAAGUGAAUGACACAGAUACAGGUCAAGUUGACAGAAUAUGUACAACUUGUGGUCAGUCAUAUCACAAAUCUUCAGAUACCCAAAAAUGUGUUGAUGCAAGGACCUCUUGUUUUCCUGUAGGAGAACAUUUGAAUUUGAACAGUGAAAGUUCAAAAACUGUAUGUGACUCCUCGUCUGAACAACAUUGUAAAUCUUCCUUUCAGCAAGGAAAUACGAAGAAAAGUAAUUUUUGGAAGGAUGUCAAUAGAAUUAAGGGUGAUGCCAAAUCAAGUAAAAAUCUAUCAUCAGACAGAAAAGAUAAUUGUUAUUUAAUCAGUGAUCCAAACUCAUUCAAAGAUGUAGACAGCAGUAGUCAGGAUCUGAAUAAGAUGUUGGUUGUUCAACCCAAACACAGCUCUUGUUACUCUGCGCGGAGAGAGUGGAAACAGACCAGUCACCAGAAGAAAAAUAGUGAAUUGAAGUAUCCCUGGUUUGACUCUGUCAGACAACAGAACCCUUUGUUGGAUGAAUCGGAGGAAAACUGGGAUUCAAAUCUGUUGGAUAUUGAAGGUAUACUGAAAACCCAAAAUCAGACUAAAGCUAUGGAACAAAUUGUACCUGGCGGACAGGAGUCCAAAGCAACAACAAGUAUUGUGAGCAAUGACAACCUAUCUGUGAAGCUUUCAGAAUCUGGUCAGCAAAUUCGCCAUCAACUUGAGGAAUGGGAGUCAACUUUACUAGACUUGAACUUCAUUGAUAGUGUGGAAAAGUAUGGAAACAAUGGUAAUGAAAAGGAAACAUUACCUGAAAGACUCGUCAACAGUGAGUGGUGCGAUGUUCAGAUAGGCAAAGAAAAUUCCAAUGAUGAUGGCGUGUUGUUGGACUCUGUGACGACCACAUGCGUUAGUAAUGACCUGGAGGAAAACAGAUCCAUACAUAAUGUCCAGGAAGAUGAAGGAUCUAUUAUCCCACAAUCAGAUUGUAGUUUGAGCGAGACACAAGGAAUGACAGAGGACAACUGCACAAGUGAUGACGUAAUGGAAUCCCAUGUAUUUUUAAGUCAAGAAGAAUGUUACACUCGAGCAUCAACAAACCCAGAAAUGAUUUAUCACACACAUCCAAAUUCUUCAGAGUCAUUCAGACCAACUAUAUUCUCUCAUGACGCAAAGUAUGCACGAAAUUUUGAAGAGAAGGAUUUCAGUGCUACAGGAAAUGAUCCUAGGCAUCAACCUAACCCAAGUAGGAAGGAGAGGCCCCCAGGGUAUGGCUCAGAAGAGUGUGUGUGUCCACCAGCUUAUAUCCAGUUCUGGACCUGGAGGUGCUGUUCUUGUCGUUGGGGAUGGGAACCUCGUAUUUGUGAUGUUCGCUCAGCACUUGACUUUUCAGAUUACUUCACGCCUCCAUCUACAGAGGACAAAGACACGGCUGAUUUAGGAUUACGCAUGCGGUACAGGCCGCGAGGGAUACUUGCCAUGAGACCAAAUAAAGCAAUUCCUCCACCACCCAGCAGGGAGCUCUGGAACCAGAUGCAGCAGGGAGCUGCCCCAGUGAAUCCCCUUCCCCCUCGGGGCACAAGUGCUCCUUCCCCUGCCAACAGGCCUCAAACUAGGACAGCAUAUCCAAGGAUGCAGUUACCUGGGUCCUACCCCUUUGGUUCAGGAUAUGACUCAAAAUCUCACCCAGGCCUGUGUGGAAUGCGUCACUGCAGUCCAUAUAGACUACAGUCUGCAGACUAUAGACUGCAGUCACCACUACAUCAAACAGCUGCUGCAGAACAGAAUGUUGUUAAAGAAAAAACAAAGUACAGUUAUGACCCAUCUAAACAAGUGGCCAAUGAGCAUUCAAAUAACACUGGUAAAUCAGAGAAACAACGGAAUAUCAGUAGUAUAGGUAUAGAAGCUGUGAGCUCGGACGAAAUGCAAGAUCUGCAGCUCAACAGUCCCAAGCUUGUAGACUAUGGCUUUAGUGAAACAGAUGAUUCAGAGGAGGAUAAGAAAGAUGAGCAUUCAAAGGCCAGAGUUGUUUUGUUCGCUAAAGAUGAUCAGUCUCAAGACAGUGACUGCUCCAGCGAGAAGAGGAAACUGGAAGAAAACGAUAUAAGUGAUGAGGAGGAUUGCAGUGUUACGUCAAAGAGGAGACAUAUAUUGCCCCAAAGCAACAUUUAUCAUUUUAUAAGGCACUCAUUUAACAAUAAUUCAAGCACAAAUGAUAAUGACGAAAAAGCUACUGCAUAUGUUCCACCACAUAGACGCCAAAGGAUUGGACCGUCAGAUUCUUCCCACAAAGACAGUCAGAAAAUACAAGAAAACAAGAAACAGACAACAUUCAAAAAAAGGGAUAACAAGGUUUUAUCUCCAACAAGUGAGCAGAGUUCAUCAAGGCCAGGAUCCUAUCCUUGGACACCAUUCUGGGCGACUCCUCCCCACACUUUAAGCAUGCCUGUAUCACCUCUGUUUGGUUACCACCAGCCACCAUGUGUGUACCCUCCAGGCUGCUACUAUCCCCCAACAGACUGGUACCAUGGUAACUCGGAGUCCUAUGGUGGUGCUUACCCUCAGCCCACUCAUACACAUUCCACCAACUAUUCAGCCAUGAAAUCAUCAACUACAUCACCACUUCCAACCAAAGUUAAUGCCUCCGAUGCAUGUAAUCUACAAACAGACCUAAAAUGUUCGGAGCGUCUAGUGUUGCCACCUAGGAUACAAUUUUUAGAGAGGACUCGACUAUUAGGCCAGAACACUGAUUCAGAGAGCAACUCAUCUUUUACUUUGGUCGACUGGAAGGUGAACUUCAAGGAGAAAUGUAAAAGUUACUGCGGAACAUUUGUUGACUCCCACUGCCACCUGGAUUUCCUGUUCAAUCGUCAAGGGUUCAAAGGCACCUGGUCAAAGUACAAGAUUUUACAUGAAGCUACCAUGCCUCACAGUUUUGAGGGGUGUGUGGCGGUCUUCUGUCAUCCUGGAAGCUUUAGACAAGAAGGACUGUGGAAGGAGAUUGCUCUGGAGGAGGAUGUCUGGUUAGCCUUUGGCUGUCACCCAAAGAAUGCUACUGAGUUCUCACCCCGGGCUGAGGAGGGACUUAUCCGCUGUCUACAACACAAGAAGGUGGUAGCUCUAGGAGAGAUCGGACUGGACUACUCUGGCAUAUUUAAACAGCAUAAAAGCUCUCAGAAGAUUGUGUUUAUCAAACAAAUUCAACUAGCUCUGGAAAUGAACAAACCACUUGUGAUACAUUGUCGAGAGGCAGAGGAGGAUGCCUUGCAGAUUUUGGAAGAGACUGUGCCUCGAAACUACAGAAUUCACUGCCACUGUUUCACUGGAGACUAUGAGUCGGCUAAGAAAUGGAUGAACCUGUUCCCUAAUCUGUACAUUGGUCUCACCCCAUUGGUGACCUAUCGCACAGCUACACCCUCUCAUGAAGUUGCCAGGUUCAUACCCCUCGAUAGACUGCUACUGGAGACCGAUGCUCCAUACUUUAUACCAAGGAAGUUUCCAAAGGAAGAUGUGCAAUUUUCACAUCCGGGGAUGGCAAUCACUGUAGCUGAGCAAGUGGCCUUUCUGAAGAGAUGCUCUGUCACAGAGGUGUUACAUGCAUGUCGGCAGAACACACGGACGAUGUAUGGCGUGUGAGUUAUCAAUAAAGGACAUGCAUCAUAUGUGCCACACAAGUGGUUUAUUAAACAGUCUGAUGUGGAUUUUGUUGCUUGGAUCAGAAAUUCCUUAGAAGGUGUAUGGAUUCUUCUAUAGGCUGUGGAAUUAUUUUGUAUUUGUUCAUUUGCAGAAAAAGUUAAGUCAUAUCAUAUCAGUGAAUUCUAAAUGUAUUUAAUGUUUGGUACUAGGUAUAGAUUUGUGCCGUACUAGUGUUUAAUUCAUAUAUUCAGAUACUAGCUAUGAAAAUCACUUUUUUCUGUGGUCAGUAGGAAUCAAUUAUUGUUAUCACAUAUUUGCAGAAUUUGAUCAUUGUUUUUUGUUUUUUAUUUCAAGAUUCGUACAUUUCCUCUUUUGAUUUUUUUAAUGCAAUGUUUGAUUUACUACCAAUAUGGCUAACUUGAAUUUCGAAGGUGAAAGGUUGUAUCACUAUUUCUCGGGGAAUACUGGUCAUAUGACUAUUUUUCCAAAAAUACUGGGCAGAUCUUUCAUCAAAUUUGCAUUCAGGUUCUCUUUGGAGGAUAGGUGUGCAAUGUAAAGACCGUCACUAGUUUAUGGGCAUGAGGGAGUAAGCAAUCAUAUGUAGAUCUCAUGGUCUUAUCUGAUUGAUUUGUUUUUUAUGUUUCUCAGACAGUUCUGGACAGGUCUUUCAAAUGCGUCAUAACUUUCUUCGCUUAUAUAACAUAUAUUAACCAUAAUAUGACUGCUAGGAUAUAUAGAUUUUGUGGUUAGAGGUUAUUAGUGUGGUGCUAUUUCUCUUGAAAGUACAGAAGAGUUUUCUUUUGUCCUGUUAGUGCAAUAUUAUUCACUUCAGUGUUAGGCAAAGUUUAAAGGUCAAGGCCAUAAUCUUUUGAGUUCCAUAUUCCCGUUAACAUGGAUUCAUUUCAUUAAAGGAUAAUUUUGGACUUUAUAACUGGAUAUAAAGUCAAGAUCAGCUCAUAAUUUGUCAAGAUCAUGUUAGAAUACCUGUAUCUGAUGGAUAGUUUAGGUUAGUACCUAGAAAUACCUGUAUCUGACAGACAAUCUAGGUUAGUACCUAGAAAUACCUGUAUCUGAUAGACAAUAUAGGUUAGUACAUAGAAAUACCUGUAUCUGACAGACAAUCUAGGGUAGUACCUAGAAAUACCUGUAUAUGAUAGACAAUAUAGGUUAGUACAUAGAAAUACCUGUAUCUGACAGACAAUCUAGGGUAGUACAUAGAAAUACCUGUAUAUGAUAGACAAUCUAGGGUAGUACCUAGAAAUACCUGUAUAUGAUAGACAAUCUAGGUUAGUACCUAGAAAUACCUGUAUCUGACAGACGAUCUGGAGUAGUACCUAGAAAUACCUGUAUAUGAUAGACAAUCUAGGGUAGUACAUAGAAAUACCUGUAUUUGACAAACAAUCUAGGGUAGUACAUAGAAAUACCUGUAUCUGACAGACAAUCUAGGGUAGUACAUAGAAAUACCUGUAUAUGAUAGACAAUCUAGGGUAGUACCUAGAAAUACCUGUAUCUGAUAGACGAUCUAGGGUAGUACAUAGAAAUACCUGUAUAUGACAGACGAUCUGGAGUAGUACCUAGAAAUACCUGUAUCUGACAGACAAUCUAGGGUAGUACAUAGAAAUACCUGUAUAUGAUAGACAAUCUAGGGUAGUACCUAGAAAUACCUGUAUAUGAUAGACAAUCUAGGGUAGUACCUAGAAAUACCUGUAUCUGAUAGACAAUCUAGGGUAGUACAUAGAAAUACCUGUAUAUGAUAGACAAUCUAGGGUAGUACCUAGAAAUACCUGUAUCUGACAGACGAUCUGGAGUAGUACCUAGAAAUACCUGUAUAUGAUAGACAAUCUAGGGUAGUACCUAGAAAUACCUGUAUAUGAUAGACAAUCUAGGGUAGUACCUAGAAAUACCUGUAUAUGAUAGACAAUCUAGGGUAGUACCUAGAAAUACCUGUAUCUGACAGACAAUCUAGGGUAGUACAUAGAAAUACCUGUAUCUGACAGACGAUCUAGGGUAGUACCUAGAAAUACCUGUAUCUGAUAGACAAUCUAGGGUAGUACAUAGACAUACCUGUAUCUGAUAGACAAUCUAGGGUAGUACCUAGAAAUACCUGUAUCUGACAGACAAUCUAGGGUAGUACCUAGAAAUACCUGUAUCUGACAGACAAUCUAGGGUAGUACCUAGAAAUACCUGUAUCUGAUAGACAGUCUAGGGUAGUACAUAGAAAUACCUGUAUCUGAUAGACAAUCUAGGGUAGUACAUAGAAAUACCUGUAUCUGACAGACAAUCUAGGGUAGUACAUAGAAAUACCUGUAUCUGACAGACGAUCUGGAGUAGUACCUAGAAAUACCUGUAUCUGACAGACGAUCUAGGGUAGUACAUAGAAAUACCUGUAUCUGACAGACAAUCUAGGGUAGUACAUAGAAAUACCUGUAUCUGAUAGACAGUCUAGGGUAGUACAUAGAAAUACCUGUAUCUGACAGACGAUCUAGGGUAGUACAUAGAAAUACCUGUAUCUGACAGACGAUCUAGGGUAGUACAUAGAAAUACCUGUAUCUGACAGACGAUCUAGGGUAGUACAUAGAAAUACCUGUAUCUGAUAGACAGUCUAGGGUAGUACCUAGAAAUACCUGUAUAUGAUAGACAAUAUAGGGUAGUACAUAGAAAUACCUGUAUCUGACAGACAAUCUAUGGUAGUACAUAGAAAUACCUGUAUCUGAUAGACAAUCUAGGGUAGUACCUAGAAAUACCUGUAUCUGAUAGACAAUCUAGGGUAGUACAUAGACAUACCUGUAUCUGAUAGACAAUCUAGGGUAGUACCUAGAAAUACCUGUAUCUGACAGACAAUCCAAGGUAGUACAUAGAAAUACCUGUAUCUGAUAGACAAUCUAUGGUAGUACAUAGAAAUACCUGUAUAUGAUAGACAAUCUAGGGUAGUACCUAGAAAUACCUGUAUCUGAUAGACAAUAUAGGGUAGUACCUAGAAAUACCUGUAUCUGAUAGACAAUCUAGGGUAGUACAUAGAAAUACCUGUAUAUGAUAGACAAUCUAGGGUAGUACAUAGAAAUACCUGUAUCUGAUAGACAAUCUAGGGUAGUACAUAGAAAUACCUGUAUCUGACGGACAAUCUAAGGUAGUACAUAGAAAUACCUGUAUCUGAUAGACAAUCUAGGGUAGUACAUAGAAAUACCUGUAUCUGACGGACAAUCUAAGGUAGUACAUAGAAAUACCUGUAUCUGAUAGACAAUCUAAGUUAGGUUAUUUACUGUCCAAUAUUCACUUGUUAGCUCACCUUUCAGAAGGGCAAGUGAGCUUAUGCUGUGGUGCAGCGUCUGUCAUUCGGGGUCAACUUUUUCCUGUAAACUUCUUCUCAAAAGCCAAGAGGCCUAGAUACCUGAUAUUGGUCAUGUGUCAUGCUGGGAUGAAGGGCUACCAAGUACGUUCAAAUGAAUGACCUUGGGGUAAAAUAUGCUGAAAUCUUUAAACAACCUCUUAAUAAAUAAGAGGCCCGGGGACUUGAUAUUUGGCCUGUAGCAUGCUGGGAUGAAGGGCUACAAAGUUUGUUCAAAUGAAUGACAUUGACCCUCAUUCAAGGUCACAUAGGUCAAAUAGGUUAAAAACUUCAAAAACUUAUUACCAAAAGGCCUAGGUAUUUGAUAUUGGGAAUGUAGCAUGCUAUGUUGAAGGGCAACCAAGUCUUUUCAAAUGAAUGCCCUUGACCUUCAUUCAAUAUCACAUGGGUCAAAUAGGCUCAGAUCUUCAAAUGACUUCUCAAUAACCAAGAGGCCCAAAGACUUGAUAUUAGGCCUGUAGCAUACUUGGGUGAAGGACAAUCAAGUUUGUUCAAAUGAAUGACCUUGAUUUACAUUCAAGGCCCCAUAGGUCAAAUAGGCUAAAUUCUUCAAGUAAUGAUUUCUCCAUAACCUGCUAUUAGGCCAGUUGUAUACUAGAAUGAAGGACUAGAAAAGUUAUUGAUAUGAAUAAAUCGAUAUGAAUAAAUCUAGCCUACGCUGAUAUUUGAAUAAAAUUGUUAUCAGCAUAUUAUGUGCAGAAAUAACCUAAAUCAACAUCAAAGUUGCUGUAGAGCCCGGUGAAUGAUACAGGCCCAUUGGGCUUCUUAGCUUGUAUAUUACGUUAAUGUUGUAUAUUUAUUUUUGCAUCCCCAGUAACAUGACCAUCAGACAUUCAUUUAUAUGAACUUAGUUAGACUGUCCAGUAUUGGUUUCGAUAUUGCCUCUGCAGAUAUAAUCACUCUAUUCUUCAUCUGAUACGUCUUCAUAUUUAAUGUCCAUUUUUCAGUGCAGGUAAUUUAUCAUUUUUCUUGCUGAUGUAAAUUGUUCGACUGGUAAAUCACUCGUCUCUCUCUUGUGAAACAUUUGUUUUUUUUUUAGCGUAAAAGUUUCAUAGAACUACGUAAUAGUGAAAGAUUUGUUUAUUAUUUCCUUUAACAAACCAGGUGAGGAAACCAUCAUUUUGAAUUUUGUCAUAUUUAAGUUUUUCAUUUGCGAGUACCAAUUAUCAGUUCCAUUCCAUCUGGGGGAAAAAAUGAAAUCAAUAUUACAACUUGAUAUUUCUAUACAUUUCCUUUUCAACAUGUAUAAAGCUUAGUGCCAGUUGUUUUUUUUAUAUAUAUAGUUUUAUUGUUGAAGUCGCAUUCCAGAGAGUUAAGAUAUUGACAGUGACUUUCUAAACACUUUAUAAUUUAAGGUUAGAUUUAGUGCUGACAAACUGCAUAAAUUUUACUGACUUUUGUUGAAUAAAAAAUUGUUCUCAAA